AUGAGCCAAAAUUCGCAACCAAAAAAAAUAAUGAUCCAAAAUAGAAAAAAUAAAAAUACUGAAAAAGGUUUGGCUAGUGAUAAUCGAAAUAAAACGAUUACUAACAUCAAUAAAAGUUCGUCUAAUAUCCAACAAGCUGUUGAAGGGACUGCCACGCCAAUUCAUGAGCGAGCUCAAACUACUAACAUCAAUAAAAGUUCGUCCAAUACUCAACCACCAUCUGCUAUGCCAAGUCAUGAACGAGCUCAAAGUGUAAAAGAGAGAUAUAAAAAUCUUCAGCUUCCGGUCAGAUAUCAAACUAAUGAACCUACCCGCGAUGAUGAUGAUGCAUCAACAGCUGUCGUUGCCACUGAAAUAGCUCGCUUACGAGAAGAUAACGUAUUUCUUGCUGGUGUUAACGCAGAAUUUGGUUCUGAAAAUGAUGACUUGAAAGAAGAGGUUAACGAAUUAAAAACGAAACUCGAACAAUACCAGAUACGAUCAUCAUCUGAAAGCCUUGAUUUUAUUGAUGUUCCAGAAGAACGGUUAGCAAAACGGUUCAAAUCGGAUGGGUCAAAAAAAGUAAAGAAGACGGUACACUACGCCGAAAAUCAACCAAAAGAAGAACAAGAAGAACAACGUGAAAAGGAUGUUAGGAUUGAAAUGAAAAUGAUCCUCAAAACUAUUAAACCUAAUGACAAUUUGGAUGAUAACGAAACGUUUAAUAGUCCAAAAAAUGUUGAAAUUCGCAGUAGAUUAAUUCCCGAACUUCAAAGGGCGAUGUUUCUGAAUUAUAAACCUUCAGUAGCACAAUUGACGAACUGGUUAAGUGCCCUCCAUAAGUCGCGAAGAUCACAAACACAACUGAAAAAAAGUGGAAAAAGUGACGAGGACAGUCGCAGAGUUCACAACAACAGUCGCAUACAAAAUAAAAAAUUGCGUCGAAUUAAGGCUGCAAAGGAUCUUUAUAGGAAAAGUGACGAAAGAAUAAUUGGUUAUGAAAAAUGCCAAUUAUUAAAAAUGUUGGCAAAUCGAUCUUACCACUCGCCUGAAAUCAGUGAGUCAGAUGAAGAGAAUCCAGAUAAGACGAUCCUAAAAAAUUUACUUCGAAACGUCAUCGACUCACAUUCGGCAGAUAUUCAAACAGCAAAAUUACAACGACCUCGCCAUAGAAGUGGUUUCGACGAAGAUGAUGAAGACUAUGGUAAAGAAACGGAAGAGGUGUUAAUCGAUAGUCAAAAAAGUGGAGCCGGUGAUGAUUUAGCUGAAUGAUGCGGGACUAUUGAUUACAUUUAUUUUAAAUUUUUUUU